AUGGACUGUCAUAAUGAGGAGUGCAGUCGGCCCCAGGAGGAGGAGGACAUCAUGGACAUCCCCCUGGAUGACCCGGAGGCCAACAGGGCUGCCGCCAAGAUCCAGGCCGGCUUCCGGGGCCACAUGACCCGCAAGAAGAUGAAGCCCGAGGACAAAGCGGAAGGGGAGGAGGUGAGCAGCACUGGGGAUGUGCUCAACGGAAGCAGGGGGGACACAGCGACAGGAGGAUCGGGGGCAGUAGAGAGCGACGACACAUCCGUGCCAGAGCAGUGA